UGUAGAUUAAUCUUUUAAAAUAAAGCUCUCUUUAGAAAGUCCAUAAUGUCUAUUUAAUGGUUGAAUAUUGAAGGACAACAAAUAUAUACACACGUGUGAGAAAUGGCUAAUCAGUUGGACAAAUUGUUGCAGUCGAUCAAGUCGAAAGUUCGAUCUCUGAAGAAGUCGAAGAAACCGUACAUGAAGAUGAACAAGAGCUGCAGUGUGAAGGUGGAGAUCCGAAGCAGGAACGCUCGCAAACUCAUCGACAAGACUCUCAAAGCCGCAGACCGCCCAGGGAAGUGUAGCCUGUUCUAAAACUCUCUCCCCGUUUUUUUUUUUUUUUUUUUUAAUGAUUCUUUUGUUUGUAUCUUUUUCAAUCGAGUUCCUAGUGGGAGCAAAUUACUGUGUAGCUCGACAAUUUUUAUAAUGUUGGGUUUGGAAGUAUCGAAUUGGCGUUUUAGAAUUAAAAUUGGAGGAUCAAUUUAGUGUUCCUAAAUAUUGCACAAGUUCAAAGCAGAUGUCACCACCUGAGAAGUUGUAGGGUUGGAGUUGGAAGCAUGGUUUGCCGUAUCGGAUACGCAAUCCUUUUUCAAGUCCGAUAUGCGACUCGUAUCGACCAGUUUACACUGACUUUGUCCAAGUCUGUUACACCGCUAACCAUGGUUAGAAGGAUUGGAAGGACAAACCUUGUGAUUUUGAGGAAGAAUAUGUGAAGGGGAAGAUUGAAUAUUCCUGUCCAAGAAGUAAAACUUAUGGUGUUGCAUAGAGUAAUGUUGUGUAUCACUAGAGAGAUUAUGUAGAGGAAGUUAUGGUUUAUAGUGACACUCAAGGGUCAAGUGUGGCUAAUUGUAUUUUUGUGCGAGGAAGAGAGCCAGAAACUCGGACAUCCUAGAUUUGAUUUUCGUACGGCACAAAAAUAUAUGAAUUUAAAUGAUAUGUAUGGUUUGUGGGUGAUUUACCUUUUGAGUUUA